GCGGGCCCUACCGGAGCCGUAUACGCGCGCGUCAUACUCGUCGUCGCGCAGACUUUUCGGCGUCCGCGAGAUUUUUCUCACCGUUUAAAAGAGACGAUAAUCUCGAGGUCGCUGAACUCGCUCCCUCUCGUUCCUUCUCUUUCUCAUCCGUCGUAUUGUCCCGUUUUGCUCGUUCAGAAACGUAUGCGGUAAAACUGGCAAUAAUGAAACCGCCGGGAUCGUAAGAUGCGCAGUGAGAUGCGAGAGAUCGUUCGCGCGACAAAGAGAGGCGAGAGAGAGUGAUAUGGAUGAUGUGAGGUAAAGGAUUACAGUGACCGGUGGUGGUUUAAAUGGAUCGACGCCGGUUUCACGAGACGCAGCAGCGUUGCAGUUGGAAUUAACGUGAAGAGGAAGGGGUCGCGGGGAGGCCCGCCACAUUGAUGGGACAUUGAUCACGCGCGGCGUAAAGAUGCGGGGUAGUCCUGCGUUCUUCGCCAUACUGUUGGGCACGAUAUUCGGUGUCCUGGGCGCGUCUCUGAGCAAAGCGCUCAGGUACAAAGCGCCGGACGAAUGCAAGUGGGUACCGACCGGCGACGCUGAGGACGACGUGUCGCUGGUGUGUCGCCUGCGAACCAUCAACAGCGAGCUGGAGAACACGAACUUCAGCGUGAUACAGCCGCAGCACACGGUGCGCCUGCGGCUGGAAUGCAGCGACGCGCUCUUCUACCAAAGUUCCCUGAGCGCCGGCAGCUUCAGGCCGUUGGUGGAGCUGCGCGAGCUUGUAAUCGAAUACUGCAAGAUCGGCAACCUGUCGGAUGACGCGUUCAAAGGUCUGCGCGAGCUGCGCAAUCUCACCGUGAGAACGCACAAUACCGACUGGUCCGCCAUGGCGCUUGACGUUUCCCCGGGCGCCUUCACCGACGAGCUUCGAAAGUUGGAGAAGCUCGAUCUCGGUGAGAACAAUAUGUGGAGCAUACCUGAAGGCGUGCUAUGUCCGUUAGUUAACUUAGAGAUCUUGAAUUUGACGAGAAACCGGCUCAGAGACAUCACGGGUUUUCGUUUCACCACCGGAGCGAAAUGCCUGACAAAUCUCAGGGAACUCGAUCUCAGCAACAACAGCAUUGAAUCACUGCCGAGCGCGGCGUUCUCCGGUUUGACGAGGUUGCACAGCCUGGACCUGCGGAGCAACGCCAUCGCCUUUAUGGCGGACCGCGCGUUCGAAGACCUCUCCUCGCUGGCCAUCUUGAAACUCGCCGACAACCGUCUCGCCAGCUUGCCGCCGGAGCUGUUCAGCGAUGCGAGAGAUAUUCAAGAGAUUCAUCUGAGAAAUAAUACGCUGAGUGUCUUGCCGCCCGGAUUGUUCAGUGAGUUAACGCAGUUGCUAGUGCUAGACCUGUCGCACAACGAAUUAACGGCGGAAUGGGUGAACGCGGCUACAUUCAGUAGUUUAGUGCGUUUAGUGGUGUUGGAUCUUUCGAGUAAUCACAUCGCGCGCCUCGAUCCGACUGUCUUUCGCGAUCUGUACAGCUUGCAAAUUUUACGACUGCAAGAAAAUCUACUGGAGAGUUUACCGGAGAACACGUUCUCGGCGCUUUACAACUUGCACACGUUGCUGCUCAGCGACAACCAGUUGACCAGCAUCGACGCGAACACGCUGAGCGGCCUCUACGUGCUCAGUCUCCUCUCGCUGGACAACAACCGGUUGCAUACGAUACACUCGGGCUCCCUAAGAAACGCCUCGUCCCUGCAGGACCUUCAUCUUAACGGUAAUCGGCUGACAUCGGUACCGGAUGCAUUGAAAGCCACUCCCCUCCUGCGCACCCUCGACCUCGGCGAGAAUCUCAUCUCCGAGAUACCAAGCGGCACCUUCGAUCACGUAGCGCAGCUGUACGGACUUCGAUUAACCGAAAAUCAUAUCGGCAAUCUGACGAAGGGCAUCUUCGAUCGCAUCAAAGAACUCAAGAUUCUCAAUCUCUCGCGAAAUCGCAUACAGUACAUUGAACCCGGCACGUUCGACGAGAAUCUCAAUCUACAGGCGAUACGUCUAGACGGCAAUCAGCUGACCGACAUCACCGGCCUCUUUACGAAAUUGCCGAACCUCGUCUGGUUGAACGUCAGCGACAACAAGCUAAAGUGGUUCGACUACGCGAUGAUACCGACCGGGCUUCAGUGGCUGGACAUACACUCCAACGAGAUCCGGGAGUUAGGGAAUUACUUCGAGAUCGAGACGCAACUACAAUUGAGUACUUUCGACGCGAGCGAGAACAAGCUCACCGAGAUCACCGGCAACGCAAUUCCCAUGAGCAUCGAGCUGCUGUUUCUCAACAACAAUCUGAUCUCCAAAGUGCAGAGUUAUUCGUUCUUCAAGAAACCCAAUUUGACUCGCGUGGACUUGAAGGGUAAUCAGAUUCGAAAUCUUGAACCUUACGCGUUGCGCAUAAGCGCCGUACCGCCGGAUAGAAUGUUGCCCGAGUUUUACAUCGGCGACAAUCAAUAUCUUUGCGAUUGCACCAUGGAAUGGCUACAGCGCGUUAAUCGGCAAAAUCAGUCGCGCGUGCAGCCGCGCGUGAUGGACCUCGACAGCAUCUAUUGCAAACUGCUAUACGACCGCGAGCACGCUUUUGUGCCGCUGGUCGAAGCGUCACACUCGCAGUUUCUCUGCAAGUACGAGACUCAUUGCUUCGCGCUGUGUCAUUGCUGCGAUUUUGACUCGUGCGACUGCGAGAUGAUGUGUCCGCAGAACUGCACGUGCUACCACGACCAGUCGUGGUCGGCGAACGUUGUGGAUUGCUCGAAUGGCGGCCAUAUUAAUCAGUUACCCGAGCAAAUACCAAUGGAUACCACGCGUCUCUAUCUAGACGGCAACGACCUGCGGAUCGUGGCGAGUCACACGUUCAUCGGCCGCAAGAAGCUUACGGCGCUGUUUCUCAACGCGUCCAACGUCGAGAUCGUGCAGAACAGGUCGUUCAACGGAAUGCGCGACCUCAAGGUUCUGCACCUGCAGGAUAACAGAAUACGCGAACUGCGCGGUCAAGAAUUCGAGGGAUUGGACGCGUUGGUCGAGUUGCAUCUGGAGCGUAAUCGCAUCGCUACGGUCGGCAACGACACGUUCGUGCCGCUGCGUUCUCUCAAAAUUCUCCGAAUGCAAAACAACCGUUUGAUCACCUUGGCGAUUUGGACGUUGCCCGGUUCCAUUGAGGUCAGCUUUGCCGGAAACCCAUGGACUUGUGACUGUGACUACCUUCAAAGUUACCGCGAGUGGGCGCGCGACUCUAGUGUCCGCGUCGCGGACGCAUCCGCGUUACGCUGCGUGUACAAUAUCACGGAAUUCGAAACGUUCGGUGAUGAAGUGUUCGCGGACGACGAGUUUGGUUUCUCAGUGAUGGCGGACGCGAGCGAGCAUACCGGUAACGAGAGCGUUUGCACUGGCGCGAUUCCCGUCGACAACGAUAUCCACCGUAACUACACCAAGACUAUCAUCGAGAAGCAGGUUCUGCAAGAUUAUUUGCCUCUACUGGUGGCGACCUUGGCCAGCUCUGUCAUCGUCAUCCUCCUCUGUCUGCUCGCUUUUGUGUUUCGUCAUGAAUUGCGCGUGUGGUUUCACUCGCGUUUUGGCGUGCGAAUAUUCUAUCGGAAUCACGAGGUCGAUCGGGACGAUCGAGACAAGCUCUUCGACGCCUUCGUGAGUUACAGCUCGAAGGACGAGGCGUUCGUCGCGGAGGAACUGGCGCCUGUGCUCGAAAUGGGAAACCCGUCGUACAAGCUGUGUCUUCAUUAUCGGGAUUUUCCGGUCGGUAGUUUUCUGGCCGACACCAUCGUGCAGGCGGUAGAGUCGUCGCGCAGAACGAUAAUGGUGCUGUCGGAGAAUUUUAUCAAGUCCGAGUGGUGCCGCUUCGAUUUCAAAUCAGCGCACCAUCAGGUGCUGCGGGACAGACGACGCCGGCUCAUCCUCGUGCUAGUCGGCGACGUGCAUCAGCGCGAUCUCGACCCGGAUAUACGACUAUAUCUAAAGACGAACACUUAUUUGCAGUGGGGCGACAAGCUCUUCUGGGAGAAAUUACGGUUCGCGUUGCCGGACGUGCCGAACAAUCAACGGACGACGCAGCAGAGGACGAGGCAGCCGCCGCCGGUCCGACGGCAGCACAACAACAGAACGUCCAACAGUUCACGCACCGUGUCCGUCCAUAUAUGAUCCGCUCGAGUGCGACUCGCGUGUGAAGUGCCGUUUGUGUCAAGUGUAAACGACAGUGCUCUCAACCACGACAGUACGAAGACAUGUGUGAGACGAGCUCGCGUCGAGAAUUUGCGCGCUCGCAGCUUCAGCGAGUGUUCAGACGGUGCAAUACAAUUACGAAGUGUGUAAAUAACGGAGAAUUUAUAUGUAUAAAUAAAGCGUGCCCCCCGGGCACACACGAUAAAAAGGAGCCACGUGUAUAUAGACGGUGUGUGAUGAGAGUGAAAAGAUAUUUAAGAUGGUCUUGUGCGGAACGUGAAUUGGUCCCGGUGUGAAAAAUCCGUAGAAUUUUGUAAAUUGAAGAAGCUCACACGGUACGAGCGUCUGGCGAUGAGGGCGGACAGCCAAAACUCGUUGUAAAUAAAACGUCGUCCGUUCGAUCGCGAAUUACGAUCGACCCGACACCGUUAUUCGGCUCAUGGUACGUGCGAUGAUCGCGUAUGAGUGUGUGUGUGUGUGUGUGUGUGUGAUGAUGGUGUGUAAAUGUGUGCGAUCGUGGAACGAAGGAGAUGCGUCUGCUCCCAUUGCCGCUACUGGUAACAGCGUGUACUUAAAUUUUUUUACUCUUUGUGUACUGUGUGAAAUAUUCUCUAUAUCGAAUAGUGCAAACAGUUUCGCCAAUUCUGGAUUUCUCGGUCAAAAAGUGUCGCGUGACAAUUUUGACUCAGUUGGCAGCCAUCUCGCGCGUGCGUGGUUCCACGAUCAAGCUCUCUCUCCCAGUAAAAUAUUGCUUAAUAUCGAGCCGAGUGUUCUCUCGCGACACUACGUGCACCUGCUCGAACAUCAACUCGACUGUUUAGAUAGCCUGGCUUCGAGCCACUGCGCGCCAACAGUGAUACUUCCUAAUUAUAAUUAUUAUAUGUAUAUUUAAUUGUAUUUACAUUUCUCUCUAUCACUCCCUAUCUGGUUGAUGACGAAUUUCAUCCAGGAAAAUACGAGCUUACGAGCGUUUCAGCAGGCAGAGACUGACGCUCCACGGUGAUAACGAAACAUUUUCGGCGUGAACAUUGUAAAGUAUUACUUUAUUCUCUUAUUUAUUUCGUUUCGAUCGAUAAAGAGACUUUAUGCGACUUGUGGAAGCGCUGCGUUUUGUAACAAUACAAAAAAAAACGAAGGCAAUUGUUGUGUAACUAAAUUUGUUUACUGUUUUGAUUAAUAAAUUACUUUAAGAAAUGUUAUGUGUUUGAGUUCGACAGUCUCAUUAUCGAGCAAACAUGAAUUAAAUGUUAACUUUAUAAUCUCGCAUUUAUAAAUUUUUAUUUUGAUUUGCAAAUUUGUUAUAUGACGUAAAACUAUAAUAUACAUAUAUGUAUUUUUCUAUACAAAUAACAGAUGCGCAAAACUUGCGCCUUCUUGCUCAUUGUACAUACAGCUGACGCAAUGUAAUAAUUUUAGCACGGUGAAAACGUCCCUCAGCGCACUCGAUAGAAGAUAAAACAAAACUUUACGUAACGUAUCUUAUCCGAAAUGCGACAGUCGAAUUCAAAGCGUGCGUGAAUUAUGCAAGAAAACUGAAGCGCUGCUACAGAUAUUCGAAAUGUACAAACGUCUGAAAUUGUCGUCUUUUUUAAGCUUUUCUCGCAAGCGAUUAUCGUGUUUCGCAAUCUAUUCGACAACAAGAAAGAAAACCGAUAUUACUUUAGAAUAAAAACUAUGACUCUUCUCUCUGAAUAAUAAAACAUUCUAUUUUUAUGUUUUUAA